AUGACGGAAAUUCACUCACUAGAAGCUCUUCUUCGAUCUCUUUACCGAAAACCGAAAGGCAACCACAACAAUCGAGAUCAACUACCUGCACAUAAUAGUUGGCUAGCAGGAAAAAAGAAAUCACCACUACAGAUCCAAACAAACAAGGAAACAGUCCAGAAUGCAUAUCAAACCACUGAAACAUAUAGAUCAGAGGGGGAUUCCAGAUCUCAAGUCAUUAGAAUAACAUGUUCUCAGCAGCUUACGAACAAUCAAACACAAUACAUUCCGAACUUUGUCAAGACAAUGGAGAAAAUUAGCACCCAAAUCCAAACUACACACCAAGGAACAGCACUUACAGGCACGGGAGAUAAUAGUAACUAUGGAUUAGCUGAAUGCUAUGGCGAUCUUUCUACAGAAGAUUGUAUCCUAUGCUAUGCGGAAGCACGUACAGUUCUUCCCAGUUGCUUUCCUAAUAACGGGGGCCAAAUUUUUCUUGAUGGCUGCUUCAUGCGAACAGAGAACUACUUCUUCUAUGAGGAGUAUGCAGGAGCAGACGACACAGUAAUAUGUGGGAAUACAACAAUGUUUGGUGGAUCUUUGGAUUCAGCAAAGCAGGCCAUAUCAGAUGCUGCAAGGGAUGCACCAAGAAACAGGGACUACUUUGCACGGAAGGUGGCAUUUUCGGGGACAACAAAUGAGUCUACAUAUGUGCUGGCAGACUGCUGGGGGACUUUGAAUGAGAGUUCUUGUUCAAAAUGUUUGGAGAAAGCAUCUGCAUCGAUCUUUCGAUGCUUGCCUUGGUCUGAGGGACGUGCACUCCACACCGGAUGUUUUAUGAGGUAUUCUACUACCAAUUUUCUCAAUGCUGACCCAACCAGGGGUAAUAAUGGAGCUGGAAAUGCCAAAAGCCAAGUGGUCCAAAGGAAUUGUCAAAAUCAGGUACUGAACAACGGAACCAAAUUCACUCAGAACUUCAUCCAGGCAAUGGCCGACAUCAGCAGCAAAAUGCGAACUUCACAAUUUGGAACAGUAGUUACAGGCACAGCGCCUGAUAGGACCUAUGGACUUGCUCAGUGUUAUGGUGAUCUUUCUACCGGUGAAUGCAACUUAUGCUAUGCUGUAGCAAGUAGUUCUCUUCCAGGUUGCUUACCCAGCAAUGGUGGUCGGGUUUAUCUCACUGGUUGCUUCAUGAGAUAUGAGAAUUAUAGCUUCUUUGAGGAGCAUACAGGUCAAGAAGACAGAGUUAUAUGUGUGAAUAAAACAAGGAGAAACAAUGACUUUGAACAAUCAGCCUCCAAGGCUGUGUUUCAAACAGUGGAAGCUGCACCUAAAAGUAAAGAGUACCAUGCUGGAAAACAGGCUCUUAUUUCUGGGACAGCUAAUAAAUCAGUGUAUGCAAUGGCUGAUUGCUGGCGUACAUUGGAUACAGAUUCUUGUGCGUAUUGUUUGCAAAAAGCAGCUACAUCCAUGUUAGGCUGCUUGCCUGAGUCGGAGGGGUAUGCAUUGUAUGCUGGUUGCUUCAUCAAGUAUUCUGACUCCAAUUUCUUAUAUCCUGAUGAUCACAAGACACUAUCUAAAGGGAAAAUAAUAGCUAUUGUAAUGGCUGUUACUUCUGCUCUAGUAUUCUUAAUUGCGAGUAUUAUUGCUUUUUAUGCAUGGAAGCACAGAAAUAAAUCAAAAAGAAGACGACAAGGUUCUGAUGACACUCCAUUGUUGAUGAUGGUGAACAAUAGCAACUUGAACUUCAAAUAUUCCAUCAUCGAGAAAGCCACGGGUUCUUUCGAUGAGGUGAAUAAGCUUGGUCAAGGCGGAUUUGGAACGGUAUACAAGGGAGUUCUUCCAGAUGGAAGAGAGAUUGCUGCCAAGAGACUUUUCUUCAACCAGCGACAUAGAACAGGGGACUUCUAUCAUGAAGUCAACAUCAUUAGUAGUGUUGACCACAAAAAUCUGGUGAAACUGGUAGGAUUCAGCUGUUUGGGGCCUGAAAGUAUUCUCAUUUAUGAAUAUCUACCCAACAAGAGUCUCAAUUAUUUCAUCUUCGAUGCAGUUAGAGGUAAGGAACUAAACUGGGCGAAAAGAUUUGAUAUUAUAGUGGGAAUAGCAGAGGGUUUGGCCUACCUUCAUGAAAACACCAGGUCCUUUCAAGAAGAUAAAAAUCAUAUCAGCACUGGGAUUGCAGGAACACUUGGAUAUAUGGCUCCAGAGUAUGUACUCAAUGAGGAACACAAACAUCAGAUGACACUCACAGCUUGCUUACAAUUACAUGGAGGCAUUUUUCAGCAAGGCACAGUGGAUGAGCUUUUUGAUCCAAACUUAAUGUUGAAGGAUGACACCAGUAGCAGCAUGAAGAAGGAGAUACGAAGUGUGAUACAAAUAGGGCUUCUUUGCACACAAGAAGUUCCAUCACUUAGACCAACCAUGUCUAUGACUCUACAAAUGUUAUCUAAAAAUAUUGUACCCUUACCUUCACCUUCGAACCCCCCUUGUAUACCUGAAACCGACACAGAAUCAAAUGAGUUUGGUCAAAUCCCUGCUUUUAGGCAUAGAUUAAAUAAUCCUGCUUCACUUCCUACUGUUACACAUACUUCUUUUAGUCCAAGGUAG